GUUAGGAAUUGAUACAUUACUUUUGAGUUAAUUUGUGGUGUUCCUUACACAUUUGCACAUUUUAAUUUCCAAUUUUAAUCAUAUUCUUCAAACAAGGUCUUUUAGGAGCUUUAUGUUAUUUUUCCUUUUAAAUGCAUGCUUAUUUCUCAUUAUGUGAAUUUGGUCUUGUAGGGUACACAUGGACUCAUGAUUCAAGUGGAGGCUUGGUUCACUCAACCAAAUGGACUCCAAAACCCUAAUUGACCAAGUGAACUCAGACUCGAGUUACACAUGAGCUGGACAUGAACUUAGGUCUCAAUUGGAAAAAACCCUAUGUAUAAAAUCAGAGUUUGGCACGGUGAACAGUGAGCUCGCGCUACUGUUCAUCGUGCCAGUUUCUUGACGGCGCGGUCGCGGCUCCCUUCCUUCUUCCAGAUCUUCGAGCAAGCUUGUCUUCAUCGGUGUGGAGUUCCUCAGCCUCCGAUGACCAGAUACCGUCCAUCGUACUUCAUCGGCGAAGCGUUUUGGCGAGCGGAGCACUGUAGCUGCGAGCUACGAUUUUCAGCUCAAACCAGUGGCGUUCUUCUGGUUUGAGCCUCCAUUUCUUCACGGGAUUAUCGGCGGUGGUCCUCCGGUGAUUCUGAACCUUUUCCGACAGCACCUCAACGUUCCUAGCUUUAUUUCUCAGCUCGCGACGCCAGUUCAGGAAAUGCAGCAGCGUGUAGCAGAGAACAAUUUCAGAAACUGACUUCGUUGAGUAUUUGUGAGCUGGUACAAGGAAUCUGAGGUUGACUUGAAGCUUGAGGACUCCAGACCGAUCUCUGUUGGAGUGUUCUCUACAGAUCCUUGUGUGACGGCAAGGAGAAGACGAAUUUGGUCCGAGAUUUGGGUGUCUUCCUUUGCAACAUUGCUUGAACUUGACCCGGAGAUUGAGAGAACCUUUUGGGCUUUAAGGAGACAAGCUAGGUCAGCAGCAACUUGUGAGAGCAGAAUUUCAGAGAUGGAUAAUCAGAUAACAGAAGGGGAUCGAACUAUGAAAGAGCUUGCAGCACCAGAUGUGGCUUAUAAGUACUCAUGUAUUACUUAUCCAGACUUGGCAGGAGAUUUUGAACUUAGAUCAGGACUUAUUCAUCUGCUUCCCAAAUUUCAAGGGUUAUCAGGAGAGGAUCCCAACCGCCAUCUACAUGAGUUCCAUGUGGUUUGUUCCACCAUGAAAUCACAGGGGAUUUCAGAAGAAGACAUUAAGUUGAGGGCCUUUCCAUUCUCUUUGACAGGAGCAGUAAAGGACUGGUUAUAUUGCCUUCCAGUUGGAUACAUUACGAGUUGGAUUGAUAUGAAGAGAGCAUUUUUGGAGAAAUUUUUCCCCGCUUCUAGGACUGCAACUAUCAGGAAGAGUAUUUGUGGUAUUCAGCAAGUAGUGGGAGAGACUCUUUAUGAUUAUUGGGAGAGAUUCAAGAAGCUGUGUUCGAGUUGUCCACAACAUCAAAUUAGUGACCAGCUCCUUGUUCAAUAUUUUUAUGAGGGUUUACUUCCCAUGGAUAGGAGCAUGAUAGAUGCAGCAGCUGGAGGAGCCUUGGUGAAUAAGACUCCAAAUCAAGCAAGAGAGUUAAUUUCAAAUAUGGCAGAAAAUUCACAGCAAUUUGGGAGUAGAGCUCUUGGGACUAGAGUGGUUAAUGAAACUCAUUUGGUUUCGAAUGAGCAACAAGAAAUCAGAAACAAUUUGCAAGAAUUGACCUCUCUAGUGAAGCAAAUGGCGUUGCAAAAUUCGAGUCAUGUUUCAAAUUUUCCUUUAUCAAUGAUGAAGUUGUGUGGAAUUUGUUCAAGCCAAGAUCAUUCUUCGGAUCAUUGUCCUAAUUUAUAUCAAGAUGAAUCUGUUGCAGCCAUUUCAAGACCUCAAUUUCAGCAACACAAGUAUGAUCCCAACUCUUCAACUUAUAAUCCGGGAUGGAGGGAUCAUCCUAAUUUGAGGUAUGGGAACACAUUUUAUCAGCAGCCAACACAAAAUCAGAUUGGUCAUCCAUCAUUUCAGCAUCAGCAGAAUCAACAUUAUUUCCAGAACCAUCCAGCAGUUCAUUCUCAGCAAAAUCAGCACUUCCAACAGCCACAAUUUCAGCAAAACUUCAACCAAAAUCAGCAAUUUCAACCAUUCCAGAAUUUUCAGCAUUCGAAUGUUGCAUUUCAGCCACAAUUUCAGAAUGCACAGAAUCAGCAAAACCAUUUCCAGCAAAUUCAGCAACCUGUGCAGAAUUUCCAGCAGCCAAGCAGUGCGAAUCAACAUCAAUUUCAGCUUGCACUUCCAUCUUCUACAAGUCCUAGAUCAAUGCAACCUCAGCACAACUUUAGCAACUCGAAAAUUGAAGAUUUGAUGCAGCAAAUGAUGCAACAGCAGCAACACCAGCAAAGAACUGAUACAACGCUGCAAAACAUUGAAAGACAGAUUGGGCAACUUGCUAGCAACAUCAAUCAAAUGCAAAAUCAAGGAUCUGGACAAUUACCUUCACAACCCACUCCAAAUCCUAAGGGAAAUGUGAGUGCAUUAACUCUGCGAAGUGGUAAACAAAUUUCAGAUCCAAAACAGAAUUGUCCGGUAGAAGUGCAGCAAAAUUUUUCCAGACCAUUUGCAGCUUCGAGUUCACAGAAUUUCCAGAAUUUUCCAGCAACUUUAGAGCAGCCAGAUACUGCACAGAAUGGGAUUACUGGAUUUGAUCAGCAACAUUUCAAUCAACCAGAAGUUUCAGAUUCUGAUCAAACUGAUGGAGCAUAUUUCGGCUUAGAAUUUAGUCACCCAGCAGCUUCAAAUUCAGCUCCAAAUUCAGCACAGAAUCUGGAAAAUUCUGCACAGAAUCUGGACAGCAAUAUUACCCAGCAAGGAGCUGAGUUUUCCAUUCCGUUACCUUUCCCUCAAAGAAGUGUACAACCAAGAAAAGAAAUGGAGGAAGAAAAGGCUAGAGAAUAUCAAGAAUUGGUGAAAUUAUUCAGCAAGGUUGAAGUGACUGUGCCUUUGCUUACCAUGACUAAGCAAAUUCCAAAAUAUGCCAAAUUCCUCAAGGAUCUUUGUGUGCACAAAAAGAAAUUAAAGGGGAAUGAAUUGAUAAGUAUGGGAAAGAAUGUUUCAGCAUUACUUCAGCCAGUCCCUCAGAAGUGUGAAGAUCCAGGAGUUUUCACCGUGCCUUGUGUGAUAGGAGAUUGUAUCUUUGAGGAUGCGAUGCUAGAUCUUGGAGCUUCUAUUAAUGUGAUGCCUAAAUCAGUUUUUCAGUCAUUAAGAAUUGGACCUUUGCAGCCUACAGGUGUAGUGAUUCAAUUGGCCAACCGAAGUCAAGCACACCCAGCUGGAGUGAUAGAAGAUGUAUUGGUAAAAGUGAGGGAGUUGAUUUUUCCUGCAGAUUUUUACAUUUUGGACAUGGAGGGUGAUGUGCUUGCAAACAGGGCUCCACUUAUUCUUGGACGUCCAUUCUUGAAGACUGCUAGAACUAAAAUAGAUGUACAUGCUGGAACUCUUUCCAUGGAGAUAGGAGAUACAGUAGUUAGAUUCAGCAUUUUUGAGGCUAUGAAGCAUCCUAGAGAGGAUCAUUCCAUACUUAGCUUGGAUAUUUCAGAGGAGCUGGAUGGCAUGGAGUUCUUGUCAGAUAUUGAUUCAGAUUUGGAGGUUUCUGAUUUUGGCCAAGAGAAUGAGAUUGCUUCUUUGUUGGAAGAGAUUUUAGAGGUGGAAGGAAGUGGUAGUUCAAGUGAAUGCGUAGGGGAUUGCUUAGGAGAAGCAUUACCCCAAGGAUUGCCCAGACAGGAAGAAUUAUGCGUAGGGGAUUGCUUAGGAGAAGCUCUACCCCUAGGAUCGCCUACAGUUGACCCGACACAGGAGGAAUUGAAGCCAUUGCCUCAGCAUUUGAAGUAUGCCUAUUUGGGAGAAAAUCAGCAGCUACCUGUCAUCAUAGCUCAGAAUUUGGAACCGGAUCAGGAGGAACGAUUGUUAGAGAUUCUGAGACAGCAUAAAAAGGCCAUUGGAUGGACUCUGGCAGAUAUUCCUGGGAUCAGUCCUUCCAUUUGUAUGCAUAAGAUUCACUUAGAGGAGGAUGUGAGGCCAGUGAGACAGCCACAGAGACGACUAAACCCAUUGAUUUUGGAUGUUGUAAAGAAGGAGGUGACUAGACUCUUACAGGCUGGCAUCAUUUAUCCGAUUUCUGACAGUAAAUGGGUCAGUCCCAUCCAUGUGGUUCCGAAGAAGUCAGGGGUGACAGUGGUAGCUAAUGAAGAGAAUGAACUGGUGCCCACGAGAGUAAAGAAUUCCUGGAGAGUAUGUGUGGACUAUAGGAAGCUGAACCAAGCAAGCCGAAAGGAUCAUUAUCCACUUCCUUUUAUUGAUCAGAUGUUGGAGAGGUUGGCAGGUAAAUCCCAUUAUUGUUUUCUUGAUGGGUACACUGGUUAUUUUCAUAUUUGCAUUGACCCAGAGGACCAGGAGAAGACUACCUUCACCUGCCCUUUCGGUACAUUCGCAUAUCGUAGGAUGCCAUUUGGAUUAUGCAACGCUCCAGGUACUUUUCAGCGAUGCAUGGUGAGUAUUUUUGGUGAUUUAUUAGAGCAUUGCAUGGAAAUUUUCAUGGAUGAUUUUUCUGUUUAUGGCUCGUCUUUUGAUGCAUGUUUGGAUAACUUGUCUAGAGUUUUGAGUAGAUGUAUCGACACGGAUUUGGUUUUGAAUUUUGAAAAGUGUCACUUUAUGGUAGAGCAUGACAUUGUGUUAGGUCAUAUAGUCUUUAGGAAGGGCAUUGAGGUAGAUCCUGCUAAAAUUAGCGCUAUAUCUUCUUUAUCUUACCCCGCAUGCGUGCGGGAGGUUCGGGCUUUUCUUGGACAUGCAGGAUUCUACAGGAGAUUUAUUAGGGACUUCAGUAAGAUUUCUCUGCCAUUAUCUCAGCUACUUCAGAAGGAUGUCAUUUUUGAUUUUGAUCAGAGGUGUAUGGAGGCUUUUGACAGAUUGAAGGAGGCUCUUACUUCAGCACCCAUCAUCAGACCCCCAGACUGGUCCUUACCUUUUGAGUUGAUGUGUGAUGCUUCAGAUUAUGCAGUGGGAGCUGUACUAGCACAGAGAGUGGAUGGAGCACCACAUGUUAUUUGCUAUGCUUCCAAGACUUUGGACUCAGCUCAAGCAAACUACACAACAACAGAAAAAGAGCUUCUUUCUAUUGUUUUUGCUUUAGAUAAGUUCAAAUCAUAUCUUCUUUGUUCUCAUGUGAUUAUUUUUUCUGAUCAUGCAGCUUUGAAGUAUCUCCUCAAGAAGCCUGAUGCAAAGCCUAGAUUAAUCAGAUGGAUGCUUCUGCUUCAAGAAUUUGACUUAGAGAUACGUGAUAGGAGCGGGAAGGAGAACUUGGUUGCAGAUCACUUGAGCAGGAUUGAAGGAGACUUGGAUCAUUCGGCCAUUGAUGAUGAUUUCAGGGAUGAGCAGCUUCUACAGCUGCAGGGUGAGUCUCCAUGGUAUGCGGAGCUAGUGAAUUUCUUAGUUGCACAUGUUUAUCCCAAACAAUUUUCAAAAGCUAAAAAAGAUAAAUUAAAAAGUGAUUCAAAAUUCUAUGUUUGGGAUGAUCCUUAUUUGUGGAAAUUUUGUAGUGAUCAGAUCAUUAGGAGAUGCAUACCUGACUCUGAGUUUCAGUCUGUACUUAUUUUUUGUCAUUCUUUUGAGUGUGGAGGACAUUUUGGACCACAAAGAACUGCUAGGAAAAUAUUAGAAUGUGGUUUGUAUUGGCCUACCCUUUUUCGUGACGCUUAUGCUUUUUAUCGAUCAUGUGAUAGGUGUCAACGAACUGGGAACAUAGGACUUAGAAAUGAAAUGCCUCAACAAUUUAUAUUAUUUUGUGAGAUUUUUGAUGUUUGGGGUAUUGACUUUAUGAGUCCAUUUCCUGCCUCUUUUGGAUUUGUAUGCAUUUUAUUGGCAGUUGAUUAUGUUUCCAAAUGGGUGGAGGUCAUUCCCACUCGGACUGAUGACUCUUCUGUUGUUGUUAGUUUUGUCAGGUCUCAUAUAUUUUGCAGGUUUGGAGUACCCAGGGCGAUCAUUAGUGAUCAAGGGUCUCAUUUUUGUAACAGACACAUGAAGGCUUUGCUACAUAAGUACGGGGUUACACAUAAAGUUUCUACAUCCUAUCACCCGCAAACAAAUGGGCAAGCAGAAGUGUCUAACAGGGAGGUGAAAUCAAUUCUUGAAAAGACUGUGAGACCGGAUAGAAAAGAUUGGAGCAAAAGACUUGAAGAUGCACUUUGGGCUUAUAGGACCGCUUUCAAGACCCCUAUAGGAAUGUCUCCAUACAGGAUUGUAUAUGGAAAAGCUUGCCAUUUACCUGUGGAGAUUGAACAUAGGGCGUAUUGGGUGGUUAAAGCAUGCAACCUUGAUAGUGACACGGUUGGAGAAGAAAGGAAGUUGCAACUUCAAGAACUUGAAGAGAUUAGAUUGGAAGCCUUUGAGAACUCACGGAUUUACAAAGAAAAGGCCAAGAGAUUUCAUGAUAAACAAAUUGAAGUGAAAGAGUUUCAAAUUGGUGACAAAGUACUUCUAUAUUGAUCUCGUCUCAAAUUGAUUAAAGGUAAGUUGAGAUCUAGAUGGGAAGGACCUUAUUGUGUUACUAAUGUUUUCUUUUAUGGAGUGGUUGAGAUUCAGGAUAUGUCUACUGGCCGGAUUUUUAAAGUUAAUGGACAAAGGCUUAAAAAGUUUCAUGAAGAAGUGAAGGGCUUGGUGGUGGAGGAAAUGGAACAUGUUGAUGCUAUCUAUCCAAGUUAGAGGGGAGUUUCACUUUAUCUUUUGUUUCCUUGCAAAUGAAUAAAUUUUAGAUUUUAGUAGUUUUUCUUAUAUGUUAGGACAAGUUUUGGUUUCAUUAGAAUUUUCUUGCAUCAAUAAAUUUUGAGUUACAUUAGUAGUUUUUUAUUUUUGCAUAGUUAUAGUUUUGCACUUUAGGUGCAUGAUAGUUACCAUUUCUUUAAGCUUGAUAGUCUUUGUUUUAGGAAUAAAUGGUACUUCCUUCUUUUGACAUUUCCUUGUAUCAUUUUAAGGGAUUUGAAAAGGGAUGUUAAAUUUGAUUAUCUUGUUUAAAGACUUUAUUGCAUGAAUGAACUCUAGGAUUGCAAGAGGUUGAUACUAGUGAUGGAUUCUUGAUUGAUGAAAUGGUAUGAUAACUUUUAUUUACCUAGUGAGGUUUAAGCCUAUUUGAGUGAUGCACUUGUAGCUUAUUUCACUCUAGAACUUGCUUUAAAUCUAUUUAAUACCACUAGAACAAUAUUAAGUCAUUUUCAUGAAGGUUACUCCAUUGUCACAUUGCCCUCACCUAUUUUUGCUAUUUCUCUUGUCAUAAAUCAUCAUAUCUUUAUUCUUUUCUCAUAUUUUAUUUCUUUGGAUGUGGUUAUCUUAGAUGAUAUGUGAUGAUUUUAUUUUGGCCGGGACGGACAAAAGAGUAAGUGUGGGGGAGGUGUUUAGUUCGAAUAGGUGCUGGAAUUCUGUGUUUGAGGAAGCAGUGAAGGAUGAUGCUGGAAUGACAGAAAUGAAUAAGUGCAGAAUUCAAGCAUGGCAGAUUUUGAAGAGAAAUGUGAAAAUUUUGUGCCAUUGCAAGGGCAGCAAGAGAAGAGGUUAAGUGUUCAUGUUAGUGAAUAGAUUGGAAUUCGGAUGCAUGGACAGUUUAAAGAACAGAAUUCUGAAGUGCAGUGCUGAAUUUGUAUCAGUUUUGUAUCAAAAACAAGAUUGCAAGAUUCAAAAUGACGGAAGUUUAAUUGGAAUUUAAGAAGAAGCUGGAGACAAAUGGUAUGUACCUGUCAUGGCAAUUGCAAGAUAAGAAAAGAGGAAUCCAGAAAUUUUGUCAGGACAACAGAAUUGAGAUUUAUUUGUAGCUGUUGAAAUCUGAUCACAAUGGGCUAUAAUGGAGAAUUUAAUUGGUGACUAUUAUUUCAUCAAUGAAGCACUUGAAUGGAGUAUCAAUUACUUUGAGAAAUUGCAGGAAAGGAGCAGCAAGUGAACUUGAACAGUGAGGAAAAUACCAGAACCAGAAUUCAUAAUCAAAAGGGAACAAGUGUGUGCAACUCUUUCAUUAUCAGCAUUGAAACCCUUGGAAUUGAAUUGAAAUUCUUGAAUUUCUAGCAGCAAUUUGUGUUUACUCCCUUUCCAUUCUUUACAAAUGCCUGGACAGAAUUCUGAAAGUGUCACAUUGCUGGAAUUCAGAAAUUGCAGUAACUUCCUACUUGAUGUCACUUGCUGAAACAAGACAGAAAUCAAGCUACUGUUUGAUUAAGUGAUUGUGAAGUUUUAUGGAAUAAAUUGUGAAGCUUGAACAGAGGAAGCAGUAACAUCAGAUGAAGUUAUCAAGUUUACCAAUAUGAAUUCAGAAUUCUGUGAGGAAAGAAUGUAGAACUGGGAAAUUCUUUAGCUGAGAGCUGUGGGAGUAUCAAGAAUACAGAUUGAGGUCAAGUAAGAGAGAAGCUCAGAUGAAGUGCUGAAACACGAAGUAACAAAUGGAUAUUAACAUCAAUAGCUUCUACAAAGAUUCAUUUCAAUCACUAAAGUUUGAAAUGGCAAGAAAUUUUUCAGCAGUGAAAAGCUGAAAUGGUUUAAAUGAUAAGAAUAAGAGAAGACAGUGAUGUUGAGAAGUGAUGUUCAAUCCGAGAAUGAAUGUCAGAUCUGAAAUUGAACAAAGAGGAAGAUGGCUGAAAUGACAGGAAUGAGUAUAGUGCAGAAAAUCAGUAGUGCAGAUUUGCAGGAAAAAAAUGGCAGUUUUUUGUGCCAAUUUGGAAUGAGAAUUGUGAUGAGCCAGAGCUGUUGGAAAAUGGAAGGUCUUUAGAUAUGCAUUGUAAAGGGUCUAUAUAGACAUGAUGAAGGAGCAUUGAAAAUUUUUGUGGCUGAACAUGAUAGGUUGAUACAAAGUCCAGCAUUAAAAAAAAAAACUGAAAUCGGCAAUGUAGAAUUGAGUUUGCAGCUUGGGUAUCAGGCUAUUAAUGCAGUAUGGAAAACUAAAAUCCAAGCUGAAAUUUUUGUGCCAUUUUAGUAGAAUAAGGUAAGCCUUGUAGCUGAACAAUUGCUGAAUCGGAUGACAAGAUAGAAGAAGUUUAAACCUGCUAAUGGAUCUUAAUGCAGAUUUAAAUGCAGAACAGUUGGUCCAUAAGGAAGUUGCUUAUUUGUGCCAGUAUUUCUUAAGAUGUUCAUUUCUGUAUCUAAUUUCUGGAUUAAAUUUGAUCUGAAUGAAUGAGACUAAAGGCCCUUGCAAUUUAAUGUCAAGUGAGUUAUCUCAGAAGUUUAUAUGCUGAAAUUUUUGCUGAAGAGUCCUCAUUUCAGAGUUAAGAGAUUAGAGCUGAAAACUGUCCAAAGUUUGAAAUUCAAUACUAAAGGAGUCAAAAACUGUAAUUCUUGAGGUAUCAGAUUUUGGAAUGGCUGAAUUUAAUGUGACUACCAGCUGAAAAGAAGUUGAAGUCUGAAAAGACAUAUGGAGACCUUGAGGUUUAUUGCAGAUUAGAGUCCCUUGCAAUUGGGAUUGGAAGAAUAGAAUUUCAUGCUUGGCCAAAAAUUGAACAUCACGUAGCAUUCUAGUGCCAUAUCUUCCACCUCAAGUUGAAAUUGUCUUCUUCUUUGCUUGAUCAGAAGUAACUCUUACCUUUACAUUUUAAUUUUCUUUUCUUUCCAAAUGGUUGUAAAUUUUCAUGAAUGUGCAUCUUAAUAUCUGUGAUGGAGGUUGAAUUAGAUGAAAAGCAAGCUUAUGGUAGUGGAUUUACUAUGAGUAGCUUGAGUGCCCUCCACCUUUGCAAGAUUUGAGAUUAAUAGAGAGCCACCUCAAAUUACCUUGGGAGAAUUAGAAAUGUUAUCAUUUUCACUUUAUUCAUGAUGGAUGAAAUUUACUAAGUAUCGAACCAAGGUGAAAAUAGAGGUCAUGAAUGCGUGAGUCUAUGAAACUUGAUACUUACUUGUAACUUCCUUUUACUUUCUUUUAGAUAUGAUCAAGAAUAGUUAGGAGAAGGAGGUACCAUCUUAGUUGUUAUUUUAGUUGGCUCACUUGCACGAGGCGUGCAAGUAUAAGUGUGGGGGAAUUUGACAAGCUAGGAAUUGAUACAUUACUUUUGAGUUAAUUUGUGGUGUUCCUUACACAUUUGCACAUUUUAAUUUCCAAUUUUAAUCAUAUUCUUCAAAUAAGGUCUUUUAGGAGCUUUAUGUUAUUUUUCCUUUUAAAUGCAUGCUUAUUUCUCAUUAUGUGAAUUUGGUCUUGUAGGGUACACAUGGACUCAUGAUUCAAGUGGAGGCUUGAUUCACUCAACCAAAUGGACUCCAAAACCCUAAUUGACCAAGUGAACUCAGACUCGAGUUACACAUGAGCUGGACAUGAACUUAGGUCUCAAUUGGAAAAAACCCUAGGUAUAAAAUCAGAGUUUGGCACGGUGAACAGUGAGCUCGCUCUACUGUUCAUCGUGCCAGUUUCUUGACAGCGCGGUCGCGGCUCCCUUCCUUCUUCCAGAUCUUCGAGCAAGCUUGUCUUCAUCGGUGUGGAGUUCCUCAGCCUCCGACGACCAGAUUCCGUCCAUCGUACUUCAUCGGCGAAGCGUUUUGGCGAGCAGAGCACUGUAGCUGCGAGCUGCGAUUUUCAGCUCAAACCAGCGGCGUUCUUCUGGUUUGAGCCUCCAUUUCUUCACGGGAUUAUCGGCGGUGGUCCUCCGGUGAUUCUGAACCUUUUCCGACAGCACCUCAACAUUCCUAGCUUCAUUUCUCAGCUCGCGACGCCAGUUCAGGAAAUGCAGCAGCGUGUAACAGAGAAUAAUUUCAGAAACUGACUUCGUUGAGUAUUUGUGAGCUGGUACAAGGAAUCUGAGGUUGACUUGAAGCUUGAGGACUCCAGACCGAUCUCUGUUGGAGUGUUCUCUGCAGAUCCUUGUGUGACGGCAAGGAGAAGAUGAAUUUGGUUCGAGAUUUGGGUGUAGGGAUGUUUAGUUUUCUUUGCAGUUUGUUUCUAGCUUAGGUUUUCUUAUUCCUGCAGAUUUGUUUCUGAAUUUGAUAGUUUAUAGUCUGGAUUUAGUUGUAGUUUCAUUUUCUACAUGAAUCUGAUAUGCUUAGUUC